AUGGACUGUCUUCCUGUAGCUUAUAAUUUUGAUAGCUAUGUAAGGACAAUUCUUGACUUACUGAAGAAAUGGGCUUGGUUGUUCCAGUAUAAAAAUGUAGAUUUAUUGGAAUCAGGAGUUUUAGAUUCUCCUGAAGCUUCAUAUCUGUCAUUGAUCAGUGACCUGCAGUUAGAGGAUUUAAAUCUUGUACCUCAAGGAUUUAUGAAAUAUGUAUGGCCUGGAGAUCUUAAGAUGUUUCUGAGAAGUUGCCACGAAUUAAAGCUUGUUAUUCCCAAAAUGGAGACUCCUUCUUCGAAAAUUAAUGUGGCUUUAUUCCGUGGGAUGAAGAUGAAGAAAAGAAAAGAAGUUAUUGCACUCUCACAUGUGGUAUCGGAGACUUGCAUGAAAUAUGGGAUCAGACGUGUUGUGGACAUCGGUUGUGGACUUGGACAUGUCGACCGAAUCCUCCAUCACACAUAUGGCUUCAAAGUGCUAGGAAUCGAAAUGGAUGUUAACAAAGUAAAACGUGCCAAAGAGAUAGAUUGCUUUAUCGAUUAUAUAGUGGCUCGACUAUCAGAAGAAACAUUGUCCCAAUUAGUAUCAACUAUUAACGAUUGGCUUGGUGGAGAACAAAUGUGCUUAAUAGCUCUUCAUUCUUGUGGUGAUUUGAGCAUUCAUGUGGGAGCUUUAUUCAAAGCUCUGUCAACAGCUAAAUGUCAAAUUGUAAUUCCAUGCUGCUAUCAUCGCUCAAAUUUAUUACCUUUGUCAAAAUUAUUAAAAGAAAGUGGAUUAGUUAAUGUUAAUCUGCUUCGAAUUGCAUCGGAUAUAAAUGCUAAGCGCUGGGAGCAAAUGACUUCUGAGGAGCAUAUGGCUCAUGGGCGCAGUGUAUUGUCCAGAAAUAUCAUGCAGCUUUUUCCUCAAACUGAUAAAAAUAGUAUCAAGAAAAACCGUCGCCAUCUUAUGAGAAAGUCUGCAACAAACGACUGGAAUUCUUGCUUGCAAAACUGCUUAGAGCGUAGCUCUGGUUUGAAUGCAGAGAAAUUGCAAACUGAUUGGAAUAGCUACGAGUGGAGAAUCAGGCAGGUUGAAUCUUUUACUUGCCUUCAAGUUUGUCUCCAAGGAGUUGCAGAAGGUCUGGUUAUUGCUGAUAUUUUGAAUCAUACCUUCGGUCAACAAAACUUUCAUUUCAAGCUUUUAAAACUGCUUGAUGAUGUAACAUCGCCGAGAUCAACUGCUAUUAUAGGGACUCGAUUGUGA